AUGGCUCGCUACACAUUUGCCGCCGCGAUCGGCUUCUUGGCCUGCACGGGUGUGUACUCGCAGCAAACAACCACCCAGGCAACCGCGAGCGUGUACCUCCCCAAUGCUGACCAGUUCGCUUACGGGGUCAUGGGGUCCAUCGUCUCUGCCGACGCGAACAAGACGGCUCUGAAGCUCGCGUGCCCGCCCGGGACCACGCUCUGCGGCCAGUACAUGUACGGCAGCACCGUCACUUAUGGGCCAACGACCUUCAUUUACGACGACCCGCUGCGUACACUUACCCAGCCAGACGUGAAGUCGGUGGUUCAAUGGGCGAGUCACCGAGAGUGCUCCCUUGAUGACGAGGGCGACGUCGCCGUAUGCACAGACGUUGUGCUCUUGAACCGACCGACGACCGAAUCGAGACGUACCACGACGACGGUCACGGAGAGCGGUCUCAGUGAGCGGCGCACUCCCGUGACCGUCACGGCGGGUUUCGAGAAUCUGGAACCAUCACCGGGUUCUUCCAUCGGGACUUCGGUUGCGCAAUCUACGACACGGCAGAGCGACUCCGAGCCAACUUCCGGCUCGGCAACUGCGACUUCUGAGUCGACGCCCACGACGUCUGGAUCGUCAUCCGACGCUUCUGUAGCAGCUGCCGCGACUUCGACAUCGGCAGAGACAAAUACAAAUGGGGUGAUGGGAAGAUGCAGUAAUCUGUCUUUUGGUGCCGCUAUUGCGAGCGUGGUUGGGUGGUAUUUUAUCAUUUAG